UCAAAUGGGGUUUACUUACUUUACAAUCAUCUGGUCGUUUUGUCAUUGAUCGACAAGCUUUGAUCCCUUUUCUGGAUGAAAUGAAAGUACGACUAACAAAAGCAUCAACAAUUUUCGAAUGGAUCGAAAUCUAUAAUCAAUAUAUCGCCUUUUUUAUGCGCAAUUUUGGUAAAUGUGCUAAUAUCUUGGGCACAUAUCAUGUUGAACAGAUGAUUGAAACUUUUCAAUUUCUUCAUGGUUAUGUCUUUGCUGAAACGAAAGGAAACGCUUUAACCGUUCUGACUAGUCGUAUUCUUCAGCAAUUUCCGGCUUAUUUAACCGAAGAGAUUUGUGAAGCUUGGUGUUAUUGGCCAUUAACACAGGGUGGGUUAGGUUUUAAAAAUAUCUAUCUGACUUUAAAUGGUUAUCAACAAUGGUUAUUAACGGAAAAGAUCACCACUUUCAAUCAUCUUCCAGCUAGAGACGUUGAAGACUAUGCUCAUAUAGUAGAGAAAUACAAUCAAACGAAGAAAGGUGACCGACGUAAAUACUUAAAAGAAUAUCUACAUGACGAUGGGACAUUGAUCAGUUUCGAUGAAUAUAUAAAAGAUCGUGAAACUAUUUUUUCACAUUGGACUGAUGUUUACAAGAACAUGUUAACAAUCACUCCAACAUCGUUACCGCAGAUGACAAAUCAUCUUAAAGAUCGAAUAGAUAUUGUCCAAAAUGAAGAGACAGACAUGUCAUUUCAUCAACAUCGAAGACAGAAGAGUGACUCGAAUAGUUACAUUGAAUGGUUGAUUUGUUAUUAUGGUGAACAAAUUGAAUCAACUUUUAAUAAAUUGAAUUUUAUUGAUAGCGACAAUCUACCAACUGGAUUAAUUAUGCUUAUGAAAACAUCGAAAAUUGAUUGGAAUAAAGAAAAGAAAGACGAUCAUUGA